GAAAAUCAGAUGUAAAUAAAGCAAACGUCAAAACAGAGAUGAAUCUAGAAUUGAAACUCAAAUUCACGUAAACAAGUGGAAUGGAGGCGACAGGUCGUACGCGCUCCAGGUCGGGUUCUGGUGGCUCCAAGCGUUACAAGAAACUUAGCAAAGAACAGCUGUUGCUUACCAUAAAAAAGAAAAAAGAGUGCAAUGCCAAGGCGCAGUCAAUAGUUGAAUCGAUGCUUGAUCCCGUUGACGAUUCCUCUGACUUUUUACUAAAGAUAAAAGACAUCAACCAGUGUCAUUACCAAGAUAUAAUUGAAGAACGUGCACUUUUGAAACUUUGCGGAUAUCCUCUUUGCAACGAGAAACUAACGGAAAUACCAACAAAGCAAUAUCAUAUUUCUACAAAAACAAACCGCGUUUAUGACAUUACUGAACGUAAAAACUUUUGCACAAAUUCCUGCUUCAAGGCAUCGAACUAUCUCAAGGAGCAAAUGCUCACCAGUCCACUUUGGUUGCGGGAACAGGAGAUAAUACCGGAAUUCAAACUACUUGAUAUAAACAAAGAUUAAUGGCGGUAGCAAGCUGAACUGCGAUCAGGUCAAUGACUAGCAGAUGUCUCUCUUCCAG